GAAUACAGUGCCGGCGUUGGGUUUUUCCUUUGACCCAAUCUUACUUUCCUUUUAAUCUUCACUACAUAAUCGAUACCGCUCUGAUUUUGUUACAUGACACCGGUUCUAGAUUUGGGAUGUACGAUUUUCUGACAAUUCAAACAAGUUAUCAGUUUUAUUCUCGUUUUUUUUCACAAUAUUUAUCGUUUAAAAAAAUAAAUAGUUCAGUGCCAAACGUUAGGAUCCUCUACAUAAGAAAGAAGAUGAUUGGAAAUGCAACACCAGUACUUAAUAUUACAAAAAAUGUCUUUUAAAAAUGUUACAUAAAUUUUAAAUUUUUAAUCAAAGAAUACUCCAAUAAUUACUGAAAUAUGGUGGACACAGGGGGUAAUGUCUUGCAUAUAGGGGACAUAGUCUCCCUAUAUGCUGAAGGAACAAUUAGUGGAUUUUUAAGCACAUUAGGUCUGGUAGAUGAUAGGUGUGUAGUAUGUCCGGAUGCAGGGGAUUUACUUAAUCCCCCCAAAAAAUUUAGAGACUGCCUGUUCAAAAUAUGCCCCAUGAACAGGUAUUCUGCUCAAAAACAAUUUUGGAAGGCGGCAAAGCAAUCUAUGGGGUCCAACACUGAUACCAAUUUGCUUAAAAGACUUCAUCAUGCUGCAGAAAUAGAGAAAAAACAAAAUGAAACAGAAAACAAAAAAAUGUUAGGCUCAAAUGUGUUAUAUGGAAAUGUGGUUCAAUUACUUCACUUAAAAUCAAAUAAAUACUUAACUGUCAAUAAGAGACUACCAGCACUGUUAGAGAAGAACGCUAUGCGCGUUUAUUUAGAUGGGAGCGGGAAUGAAGGCUCAUGGUUUUAUAUUAUGCCUUUUUAUAAAUUAAGAGCUACAGGGGACAAUAUAGUUCUAGGUGACAAAGUAAUAUUGAACCCUGUAGGGCCUGGACAACAAGUUUUGCAUGUUGCUUCAAACCAUGAACUGGCAGACAACCCUGGUUGUAAAGAAGUAAAUGUCGUGAGUGGGAGUACAUCUUGGAAAGUAACACUUUUUCUAGAAUAUAAAGAAAAUUUGGAUGACAUUUUAAAGGGUGGGGAUGUAUUGAGGCUUUUUCAUACUGAACAAGAAAAAUUCUUAACUAUGGAUGAAUAUAAAAAACAGUACCACGUAUUUUUAAGAACCACAGGCAGAACAAGUGCAGCAGCUGCUACAAGUAGUAAAGCUCUAUGGGAGGUGGACGUGGUUCAAAACGACCCCUGUAGGGGUGGUGCGGGUCACUGGGACUCUCUUUUUCGGUUCAAACAUUUGGCAACGGGGCAAUAUCUGGCGGCGGUGCCGGAUCCCGACGAAACUGAACCCAGCGACAUCGCCACCUACCAUUUGGUACCUGUAGCACACCCGAACGAGCGCAAUGAAAUAGCCUCUCUAUUCGAAUUGGGACCAACUAAUUUACCUCCAGCAGACUCAUUAGUACCCCAGUCUAGUUACGUGCGCCUGCACCAUAUUUUCACUAACACCUGGGUUCAUUCCACUUCUAUACCCAUAGAUAAAGACGAGGAAAAGCCGGUUAUGUCGAAAGUGGGCUGCGCCCUAAUGAAAGAGGACAAGGAAGCUUUCGCCCUGAUUUCCGUGUCGCCUGUCGAAGUCCGCGAUUUGGACUUCGCUAAUGACGCAUGUAAACUCUUAUCUGCAUUGUCUGUAAAGUUAUCAAAAGGCACUAUAUCGCAUAGUGAAAGAAGAUCUCUAUCAACAUUGCUGCAAGAUAUAGUUUACUUUGUAGCAGAACUAGAAAACGAUCAAAACAAAUCUGAGGCUUUGGAUCUUAUAGUUACCAAUCCUAAUAGAGAUAGGCAGAAACUUUUACGAGAGCAGGCGAUUUUAAAACAACUGUUUCGAAUAUUACAAGGACCUUUUAUCGAGGAGAAUGGCGAACCGUCUUUUUUGAAAAUCGACGAGUUAAAUGACCCUCGCCAUGCGCCCUACAAAUACAUUUUCAGACUGUGUUACCGAAUUUUACGUCUGAGUCAGCAAGAUUACCGAAAAAAUCAAGAAUACAUUGCCAAGCACUUCGGCUUCAUGCAAAAACAAAUAGGGUACGAUAUUCUGGCCGAAGAUACCAUAACAGCUUUGCUACACAACAAUCGAAAAUUGCUGGAAAAGCACAUAACGCCAGCCGAAAUCGAAACCUUCGUAGGCUUAGUCCGGAAGAACAUGCACAACUGGCAGUCACGUUUCCUAGACUACCUCUCUGAUCUCUGCAUUUCAAACAAAAAGGCCAUUCCAGUGACACAAGAACUGAUCUGCAAGAGCGUAUUGAGCCAGAAGAAUUCCGAUAUUUUAAUCGAAACCAGGCUCAUGAAAACGCAAGUGGAACACUACGAAGUAACGGAAGAAGACGAGACAGACUUACUUCUCGACGAUCACUUGGAACAACUGAUAACCGUGGUGGAGGAGUGCCAAGUGAUGCUUCUCUGGAACAACCGUCAGAAGCAGAUGGCUUUAACCGACCUAUGCAGAAACGCGAAAGUUGUAGGUAAAGAUGACCAAGCGAUUUUGGACUACUACAGACACCAGCUGGAUCUCUUCUCCAAUAUGUGUUUAAACAGGCAGUAUUUGGCCUUGAAUAAUUUAUCGCCGCAUUUAGAUAUAGAGCUGAUCCUGAAAUGUAUGGCGGAUGAAAACGUGAGCUUCGAUCUAAGAGCCUCGUUUUGCAGGCUAAUGCUGCAUCUACACGUGGACAGGGACCCGCAGGAGCCGGUAACGCCGGUCAAGUAUGCCAGGUUAUGGUCGGAGAUUCCAUCUGAGAUGUCCAUAAACGAUUAUGAUUGUAAUAAAAUGCCUGAUCCGAAUAAAGAGGCGGUGCGUGCGAAAUUUUCGUCAACCAUCUCAUUUGUGGGUGGUUACCUUUGUAACGUAGUCGCGAAAAUGUGGUCUUUUGCAGACCAAGAACAAAACAAACUAACGUUUGAGGUUGUUAAAUUGGCCAGAGAACUAAUCUAUUUUGGUUUUUAUAGUUUUUCUGACUUACUUAAAUUAACAAAAACACUUUUAAGCAUUUUGGAUUGUGUAGCUGAAUCUGAUUUGGUUGAUGGAAGAAUUCCUGUUGGCGAUAUUGAUUCUGACGUUGAGGAAAAAUCUGCGGAGAAAAAAGCUGAAGGUGGUGUGCUGAGAACAAUAGGUGAUAUGGGUGCCGUUAUGACAUCUCUAACUUUAGGCCCCAAUGGCAGAACUUUAGCGACAGCAUCAUCCGGGAAUCACUCAAAGGCCUCUAUUUAUCAUAAAGAAUAUCCGUUGGUAAUGGACACGAAACUUAAAAUAAUUGAAAUAUUAGAGUUUAUAUUAGAUGUUCGCCUGGACUACCGCAUAAGCUGCCUUUUAAGCAUUUUCAAGCAAGAGUUCGACGAGUCUGAAAAACAAAGCGGAGGAAACAUUAGUUUGGGUCAAAAGAACAUAGAUCUAGAGCUUAUAGGAAGUCAGGCAGAAGGUAUUUUCGGCAGCAGUGAAGAAUCGGUCGUACUGGACUUGGACGGACAUGGUGGAAGAACAUUUCUUAGAGUUCUACUCCACCUUACCAUGCACGAUUAUCCUCCUUUAGUUUCUGGAGCCUUGCAUCUACUGUUCAGACAUUUCAGCCAAAGGCAAGAAGUCUUGCAAGCCUUUAGGCAAGUCCAGUUGUUGGUAUCAGACAGCGACGUAGAAUCUUACAAACAAAUCAAGGCAGAUCUUGAUGUUUUGAGACAAAGUGUAGAAAGAUCGGAAUUAUGGGUGUAUAAGUCAAAAUGUAGCGAAGAACACGGCGCGGCAGGGAAGAAAAAUAAAGAAGAAGAAGAUGAGGCGCCUCCAAGCAAACCUCCGAUGCUUAGCGUUUUAGAGAAAAAAGGAUCCGCCAUUAACCUGGACGUUGGGCCACCAUUGCAUCCAGAACAAGCAGAUGAAUAUAAAAAGAUUCAACAAAUAUUGAUCAGGAUGAAUAAGUUAUGCACCCUGGACGGCCCGCUGGUUAAACCCAGAAAACACGAGCAACGACUGUUAAGAAAUGUCGGAGUUCAUACUGUUGUUCUUGACUUACUUCAGGUUCCUUAUGACGAAAAGGAAGAUAUCAGAAUGAACGAACUGAUGAGACUAGCUCAUGAGUUUCUACAGAACUUCUGCCUAGGAAAUCAGCAGAACCAAAUUCUUCUCUACAAGCAUUUAGAUUUGUUUUUGAACCCUGGGAUACGGGAGGCGCAGACGGUUUGUGCAAUAUUUCAAGACAAUCCUACGUUGUGCAACGAAGAAAAUGAAAAAGUCAUUCAGCAUUUUGUGCAUUGUAUCGAAACACACGGCCGUCACGUUCAGUAUCUCAAAUUCUUACAAACCAUUGUGAAAGCAGACAAUCAGUUUAUACGUAAAUGUCAAGACAUGGUUAUGCAAGAGCUUAUAAAUGCCGGCGAAGAUGUUUUGGUAUUCUAUAACGACAAAGCGUCAUUUAAUCAUUUUAUCGAAAUGAUGCGUUCCGAAAGGCACUGCAUGGACGAAGGGAGCCCUUUGAAAUACCACGUUGAGUUGGUCAAGCUCUUGGCUUGUUGCACCAUGGGAAAAAAUGUCUAUACCGAAAUUAAAUGCCACAGUCUGUUGCCUCUGGAUGACAUAGUAGCCAUGGUAACACAUCCGGACUGUAUUCCCGAAGUUAAAGAAGCGUAUGUGGGAUUUUUGCAUCACUGUUACAUCGAUACGGAAGUUGAAAUGAAAGAAAUUUAUACAAGCAAUCACAUGUGGACCCUUUUUGAAAAAUCCUUUUUAGUUGAUAUGGCUGACAUUGCAACAGCUCCUAAUGACAGGAAACAUCCCGACAAGGCUUUAGAAAAUUACGUGACGAAUUGUGUCAUGAAUUUAAUCACCACAUUCUUUAAAAGCCCAUUUUCUGACCAAAGCACUACCGUUCAAAAACAUCUGCAUGAGGCAAGGGUAUAUUGGAGCGAUUCUUCAAUGGAUGAUUAUGAUCCGUUUUCGAAUAACACUCCGCUCAAACAGUCGCCAUUUCCUGUUAAUACCAGGCAACCGAUUUUUGUACAGCUAUUGCAACUGGCAUUCAGAGUGUCGCAGUGUCUUUGGUUAUCGGCAUCUCAACGCUUUAAUGUUGAAAACUGCAUUCGUACGCUAUCUGAAGUUGCUAAGAACCGAGGUAUCGCCAUUCCUUUAGAUUUAGAAAGCCAAGUAGCGCCUAUGUUCAAUAAAGCCAGCAUUUUAACAAGGCAGACUAGCAAAUGGCUCAGCGCAUCGAAAAUACCAAAAAUUGAGAGAUCACAAUCAACGCUAAUGAGGUUAGAUAGGAGUAUCAUAGAAGGGUUACAGGAUAUAGUGUCACUUUUAGAAGACCAACUGAAGCCCUUGGUUCAGUCUGAACUUUCUCUUUUGGUGGAUGUGUUAUACAGGCCAGAGUUACUCUUUCCUGAAGGGACAGAAUCUCGAAAAAGAUGCGAGAGUGGAGGUUUUAUUCGAAGGUUGAUUAAGCAUACCGAAAAGUUGCUAGAGGAGAAGGAAGAAAAGUUAUGUGUAAAAGUUCUGAGAACAUUAAGGAAAAUGAUGACCGUCGAUCCGGAUUACGGAGACAAGAACGAAAAUCACUCAAAAAGCGACAUGGGUGAUGAUCUCAGAACUAGUUUACUAACAAGAUAUUUUGGAAAACAUUUUGUUCAAAAUCAUGAAACUAUUACUCUUCCAAGUUAUUCGGCUACAGUUACACAUGGACCUGGAGCGAAAAUUAUCAGCAGAGCUGGUCAAACUCUACACGAUGUUCAAUCGCAUUUGGAUAAAGAAGGUGCUUCAGACUUGGUGGUGGAAUUGGUCAUCAAAUCCGUAAAUUCACCGUCAAUUUUUGAGGAAGCGGUAGAGCUAGGUAUAGCCCUCUUGGAAGGCGGCAAUUCCACGAUACAAAAGAGCGUGUUCAAUAAACUUUUGGGAGGUGACCUCAGUCAAUCUUUUUUUAAGGUGUUUCAUGAUAAAAUGAGAGACUCCGAGUCAGAAAUUAAAUCAACUGUGAGCGUGAACACUUCGGAUAUGGCUGCGAAAGCUCACGAAGAUAAACAAGAUGGCAAGGAAACCGAUAAACUGUCAAAAAAGCAAGGAAAGACUAACGGGAUUCUUAUCAGUGAAGAACUAAGAGAGGAAUUAAGUAGGGCCGCCGAAAGCACAUCUCAGGCUUACGCUCAAAUAAGAAAUAUGGCUUCCGGCGACGACUCUGUUAUUUCUACAAGCGCUGCUAGCGCUUUUGAAGACCUGUUAGCGGAAAAGUUGGAGAAACAUCGCGAUAGAGAAGAACAGAACGGUCUCCCAAACAAAGUGUUAAUAAUGCAACCUAUUUUAAGAUUCUUGCAGUUGUUGUGCGAAAACCACAACCCGAAAUUACAGAACUUGUUGCGUAAUCAAAACAACAAGACUAAUUACAACCUAGUCUCGGAAACUUUGAUGUUUCUAGACUGUAUCUGCGGAUCCACCACGGGAGGUCUUGGCCUGUUAGGCCUGUACAUAAACGAAAAUAACGUAGCUUUAAUAAACCAAACUCUAGAAACCUUAACCGAAUAUUGCCAAGGACCUUGCCACGAGAACCAGAACUGUAUCGCCACUCACGAGUCCAGCGGAUUGGAUAUAAUUACAGCGUUAAUUCUGAACGAUAUAAAUCCUCUGGGAAAGUGCAGGAUGGACUUGGUCUUGGAACUAAAAAACAAUGCUUCUAAAUUACUGCUCGCCAUCAUGGAAAGUCGCGGGGACAGUGAGAACGCUGAGAGGAUUUUAUCAAACAUGAACCCUAAACAGCUAGUCGAGGUCGCUUGCAAAGCAUUUCAUCAGGAAAUGGCUGAAGAUGACGACGAUCUGGAUGACACCAGCGUCGAAGACGUGGUUUCUCCCAAGGACGUAGGGCACAAUAUCUAUAUCCUUUGUCAUCAGCUCGCCCAGCACCACAAGGAGCUAGCGACGCUUUUAAUACCAUCUGACUCUCUGGAUCCCAAAGUUCAAAAAGCUUUGGAAUAUUACAAUACUCACACGGCACAAAUCGAGAUAGUUCGGCACGAUCGUACCUUGGAACAAAUCGUCUUUCCUAUACCAGAAAUAUGUGAAUAUAUUACCAAAGACACCAAAAUCAAAGUCCUCAACACUGCUGAAAGAGACGACCAGGGAUCCAAAGUGGCCGACUUUUUCGAAAGGACCGAUGACAUGUUCAAUGAAAUGAAUUGGCAGAAAAAACUAAGAACUCAGCCUGUGUUAUUUUGGGUAAGCAGCUACAUGUCUUUAUGGAGCAAUAUUCUAUUUAACUGCGCUGUACUGAUCAAUCUUAUAGUAGCAUGUUUCUAUCCUUUUGAAGACAUCUUGCCAAAAAUAAGUUCUACGAUUUCCAUACUGAUUUGGUUCGCAAUGUUAGUGUCAUCAGCAAUAGUUAUAACUCUACCAAGAGAAACGGGUAUCAGGACAUUAGUAGCAUCUACCAUUUUAAGACUCAUAUAUUCUUUGGGACCUGAACCAACGCUGUGGUUGCUGGGCUCUGUAACUAUAAUCUUAAAAGGUAUACAUCUAGUCAGCAUUAUGGGUAACCAUGGGACCCUAAUAAAAACAUAUCAGCAAAUAUUAACUGAUGCAGAGUUAGUAUACCACCUCACAUAUCUGGUUUUUUGUAUGCUAGGUCUUGUAAUGCAUCCUUUCUUCUACUCAGUCCUGCUGUUUGAUGUAGUAUACAGAGAAGAGACUUUGUUGAACGUGAUCAGGUCAGUUACAAGGAAUGGAAGGUCUAUCAUUCUAACGGCGGUCUUGGCACUGAUCUUGGUCUACAUGUUCUCCAUAAUUGGCUUUAUGUUCUUCAGAGAUGAUUUUAUUGUCAGCGUUAAAAAGAAAGAUGACGAAACAUGCGAAAAAUUAUCCGACCUCACUGGUCAUAACUACAAGGAAGAUUCAACUCACGAGUACUGCGAACUCGUCGAUCCCGGUGAGGAAAAGAAAGAGAGAGCUUGCGAUUCUUUGAGAAUGUGCAUUGUCACCACUUUAAAUCAAGGUUUGCGGAAUGGAGGUGGAAUUGGAGAUAUAUUGAGAGAACCAAGCAGCGAGGAAUCAUUAUUUGUCCCAAGGGUUGUCUACGAUCUUUUGUUCUUCUUCGUUGUGAUAAUUAUAGUACUUAAUCUUAUUUUCGGUGUCAUCAUUGACACCUUUGCUGAUCUGAGAUCUGAGAAACAACAAAAAGAGCUUAUACUCAAAAAUACCUGUUUUAUUUGUGGAUUAAACAGGUCGGCGUUUGAUAACAAGACUGUGAGUUUCGAGGAGCAUAUAAAGAGCGAGCACAACAUGUGGCACUAUCUGUACUUCAUCGUUCUGAUAAGAGUUAAGGACCCGACUGAGUUUACCGGUCCAGAGAGCUACGUGUACACUUUGGUGAAGUCCUUAAAUCUGGAUUGGUUUCCUAGACUUCGUGCUAUGUCUCUGGCUGCGGUGGAGGGUGACGGGGAACAAAUCGAGCUCCGAAGCCUGCAGAAUGUUUUGGAAAGCACUCAAUCUCUUGUUAAAAACCUGUCCCAUCAGCUGAUGGAGUUGAAAGAGCAAAUGGCCGAGCAGAGGAAGCAGAAACACCGUUUGGGGCUCUUAAAUUCGGCCUCGGCUUACUUGCAGACAAACAAUUUCUCUUAAUGUAGAUUGAUUAGAAUCAGGAUAGUUUCAGAAAUCUCAUUACUGAAUCUUAUUAUACUUCUUUUAGUUUGUUGUUCCCACCGCGAAGUUUAUCCAGCGGAAGAGUUAUAGAUUAGUUAGGAUUUUUAAGAAAAAAAUAGAUCUUUUCCUUAAAAAAACUGUGUCGAAAGUAAUAGAAGGCAUCGUGCAAUCUCAUCAAAUUUGAAAUUUUAUCGUAUAUAUUUUUUUGUAGAGAAUUUUAUAUUUUUUAGAUCUGUUAAUGCUCAACUUGUUAAUACUGUUUACAAUUUUACGAAAUUUUGUUCUCGUAAACACGGCGAUAGUCUUACCUAUAUAUUUUAUGUAGAAAUAUGUUUUUAAUUUUUAAAAGUGUUGUGGUAGUAGGGUUGUUUCUUUAUGAGCAAUAUUUUGUUGUCCAUUUUUUUAAACUGUAAAUUUUCCCAAAAUAAAGUCUAU